AUGAAAACAAGUGGUGAUAACGAUAUGAAAUCAUCUUCAAUUGAAUCAUUAAUUGAAGAAUUAGAGGAAUAUCAUGAUAUUAUUCAAAUAUGGGAUGAAUUAAAUACUUUUACCAGUACUAUGGGACUGUAUAGAGCAGAAAAAGCGACUUAUGACAGAAGCUUUUUUAAUAUGUUUUUCAAUGGUGAAAAAGAAAAACGUCGUCAAACGUGUAGAAAGAGUCGUGUAUUAAAGAAUCCAAAACUCAAUAUUGCUUGUGGUGGUCAACCAGGAACUGCAAUAUUAGCCAUGACAGAAGAUCCAAGUGUACCUGUUACUCAAGAUGGUUUGUUUUCUCGUUUUCUGGUUGCUGCACCAGAAGCACGUGCUCCAAGAUCGAGUGACUUUAAAAAGUUGAACCAAAAUAUUCCUGGAUUAAAACACUUAUUAUUUACAGUGCAUAUGUUACAUGUUGAUGACGCAAGGAAUUAUUAUUAUUCAGAUGACGCAAAAAAUGUCGUAAAGUCAAAAUUUGAUAUCUACACCGACAUUAUUAAUGGUGUGUCUCGUCAUGAUACAUUUCUUGCUAGUCUUUAUGGAAAAGCACAAAUAAUGAUCGAUCGUUUAGCUGCUAUAUUACAUGUUUGUGCGCUGGCAGGAACAGCUUUGGGAAAUGUUCAAGUAAUGGGCAUUGACGAAUCAGUUAGACAAAUUUCUUAUGAUGAAUUUUCAAAUGAUGUUCGUACUGCUAUAACAGAUGCAGUAAAAUAUCUUGCACAAGAUGAUGGUGCUUUUAUUAUUCAAAAAGAAACAGCUGAAAGUGCUAUUGCAUUAAUGGACUAUUUCAUAGCGCAGGAAAAAGCUUUAUGUGGUUACUCAACCGUAGCAGAUCUUGAAGGGAUUACAGAAUUUGUUCUGGGUUCUCAUCGUGAAGUUCAGCAAAAUGAGCGGAUCAAUUCUGAAAAACAUGGAUUAACCGAUGCCAUGUCUACUAUAUUAAUGACUUUAGGUGCAGAUGUCUCUCUUCAUGCUUUAGUGACAAGAAGGAAAUACCCAAGUGCUACAUACUCUUCAGCUUUUAAUGAAUUGGAAAAAGCUGGACUAGGUAACGUCUCAGCUAAAGGUUACCUGAUUGCCUUGUGCUAA